AUGGAAAUAGAGCAAAGCCCACCAGUGAUAGCCAAGAAACUGUUGAGCAUAGUGAAGAUAGUGUUCUAUAUGCUCAGAAAAGGCAUAUCAAAAAGCAAAAUGCUUACUGAUCUUCACAUGAUGCUGAAACGAAGCAAGAUCUUCGGCAAAGCCAUUGGAAACCUCAUGGUCAACUACGACUACUCGGCGUUGACCUGCCGAUCAACCGACUCCGGCAUGUCCUUUAUCUCUCCUCGUCUCCGAGAAUACGAGUUCAGCUGUAGCAAUAGCCCAGCUUUUCCCUCCUUCUACCCAAAACGCAAACACCAUUUUCGCCAAAAUGUGGAGGACAUAAAUGUUGUCCACAAGGUGUUUGAUCUAUUGAAUAACUAUGAGAUGGUCGAGGCCUCGCCGUUGACGUUGCCGGGGUUCGGGCCGAGCCCCGCCGUGAGGCAGCUGAGAAUAACGGACUCGCCGUUCCCGUUGAAGGACACAGAGGGUGAUAAUACUCAGGUGGACAUGGCAGCUGAAGAGUUUAUUAAGAAGUUUUACAAGGUUUUGAGGCAAGAAAAGAAGAUGGCUGCCCUAUCAUCUCCAUCGCCAUACCACAAAUGGGGUCGAUGA